AUGGACUCGUCCCCCCCCCCACUCUCCACCAAACGGUGGGCAGACAAUGCAUGGGUUACUGGGUUUGGAGCCAGUGAGAGCCCACGGUUCGUUAAUAGGGGCAUGAUUGGCACUGUGGAAGGGGGAUAUACAGGGCCUGACGAAGAUGAGAGAUUAUCUUGGGUAUUUUCCAUGAUGAUAGUCGACCCAACUGAUGAAAUCUCGUAUCAAGAGUCAAGUUCUGACUGUCGUAUGGAAACUGAUCUGUGAAGGAGCGUGCGGGGAGAAGUAUACAGAUCAUAGAUCGGACGCUCCGCUGGAACCCGAUGUUGGACAGCAUAUGUGCAACAACCAGUCAGUCUCCAGCCUCUCCCAACCUUUCUCGAAA